GUCCCCCUCCCCUUUGCGCGCGUUCCCGACGCAAUCGCUCAAACCUGCUGGAGAAGAAGCGGACUCGAUUUUAUUGUUACGGACACAGAAGGAAGAGCCCAGGGUCCUGCACGUGAACACGGCUAUCAAAUUCAAAACUGGGAUCUCCAAAACCGUAAAUUGGACUUGAAGGAGCACCGACCGACUUCCAUCAGAAGAAAACCCAGAUCUUCAGGACUCUAAGCAAUGACACCCGCCGUGCCAGGCUCAGUUUUUCCCGAAUAACAUGCUGCCCUUCUGUCCGGACUCCCGAAGCGUCCCUACCUCCCCAUACACAACCACCACCACCAUUACCACGUAGCUAAGACAGCCGUCUUUCAAAGCAGUCCUUCCGGCGGCGGGGCGGGGGAGCCGGGCCCAGCGCAACUCCCUGCCGUGUUAGCCCCUAUCAUCAUGGGCCACCUGUGGGUGCUGUGGUCGCUGGUGGCGGCCACUAUGGCCAUUCACAUGGAGGCCGGAGCCGGAGGAAGCCACAGCAUGUUCACCUGCGAGCCCAUCACCCUGCGCAUGUGCCAGGACCUGCCCUACAACUCUACCUUCAUGCCUAACAUGCUCAACCACUACGACCAACAAACAGCGGCCCUCGCCAUGGAGCCCUUCCACCCCAUGGUGAACCUGGAGUGUUCGGCCGACCUGCGCACCUUCCUGUGUGCCCUGUACGCGCCCGUCUGCACGGAGUACGGCCGCAUGACGCUGCCGUGCCGGCGCCUGUGCCAGCGCGCCCAGGCCGAGUGCCUGCAGCUCAUGGAGAUCUUCGGGGUCACCUGGCCGGACGAGAUGGACUGCGACAGGUUCCCCGACUGCGAGGAGUCCUACCCGCGCGCCUCCGACCUCCUGCCGGCCUCCGCCGCCACCGCCGAAACCCCGCCCUCCGCCGUGCAGCGUGACUACGGCUUCUGGUGCCCGCGCGAGCUCAAGGUGGACCCCGGCCUGGGCUACUCCUUCCUGGGCGCGCGCGACUGCUCCGCCCCCUGUCCCAGCAUGCACUUCGGGCGGGAGGAGCUGCUGUUUGCGCGCUACUUCGUGGGCGUGGUGUCCAUCGUCUGCCUGUCCGCCACCCUCUUCACCUUCCUCACCUUCCUCAUCGACAUGGCGCGCUUCCGCUACCCCGAGCGGCCCAUCGUAUUCUACGCCGUCUGCUACAUGAUGGUGGCGCUCGUGCACUUCCUGGGCUUCCUACUCGAGGACCGAGUCGCCUGCAACUCCGCCAGUCCCGGGAGGUUCCGUGCCUCCACGGUGACCCAGGGUUCCCACAACAAGGCGUGCACGCUGCUGUUCAUGGCGCUGUACUUCUUCACCAUGGCGGGCGGGGCCUGGUGGGUGGUGCUGACGCUCACCUGGUUCCUGGCGGCGGUUCCCAAGUGGGGCUCCGAGGCCAUCGAGAAGAAGGCCCUGCUCUUCCACGCCGCCGCAUGGGGACUACCGGGGGUGCUCACCGUCACACUGCUGGCUCUCAACAAGGUGGAGGGCGAUGGCCUGAGUGGCGUGUGCUUUGUGGGCAUGUACGACCGCGUGGCGCUGCGCUGGUUCCUGUUGGCGCCGCUCUGCCUGGCCGUGGUGCUGGGCGUGGCUCUGCUGCUGGCGGGCAUCGCGGCACUCAACCGCGUCCGCAUGGAGAUCCCGUUGGAGAAGGAGAACCAGGACAAGUUGGUGAAGUUCAUGAUCCGCAUCGGGGUGUUCUCUGCCCUGUACCUGGUGCCUCUACUCAGCACCAUCGCCUGCUACCUGUACGAGCACAGCUACCGCCCCCUCUGGGAGACCAGCUGGGUGCAGGAGAAGUGCCGACACUACCACAUACCCUGUCCUUACCAGGUGGGUGAGGUGCGACACCCUGACCUGGCGCUGUUCCUGAUCAAGUACCUGAUGACGCUGGUGGUGGGCAUCCCCUCUGUGUUCUGGGUGGGCAGUAAGAAGACCUGCUUCGAGUGGGCCAGCUUCUUCCACGGACACCGACGCAAAGACCUGGUGAAGGACAGCCAGCAGGGCCUCCAGGAGCCGGACCUGUCCCAGCUGCUGCUGCGCGAGCCGGGCCCGCCGGUGGUGCGCAAGUCCCGCGGCACCUCCACGCAGGGCACCUCCACCCACGCCUCCUCCACACACCUGGCCAUGCUGGACGAGCCGGCCAGCGCCAGCACCAGCCGGGCCGGCAGCACGCGCAGCAAGGCCAGCAGCCACCCGGGCACGGGCAGCCAGCGGCGGGCAAGAGACAGAGACGGCAGGGGCACAGCCAGCAGCUACCGCAGCCCUGAAGAGCGCCUCCCGUACGGCAGCAUGCCCCGCCUAGUGGAGCAGCCGCGCCACUGCAGCAGCACACGCCUGGAGAGCCAAUCGCGGCACGGCAGCACGCAGCGGCUGGACAGCCCGUCGCGCCACGGCAGCACGCGCGACCUCAGCAUCAGCCCUGCGACCCAGGCGGUGGCGGCGCUACAGGCGCAGGGUGGCCCCGGCAACGGCAUCCACCGCGUCGUGGAGGAGGGCGGAGCCACGGCCUGAGAUGCAGAGAGAGGAUACAGGACGCUCUGCUGCUCUAGGGGAGAUGACAGGAGGAGAGGGGUGACGACAAAGGGGUCACUUCUCCCAGGCCCAGAAUUGGGUCCCUAAUGCAUUGUACUGUACUGUAUGUAUUGGGUUUGGGUCCCUUUCUUUCAGAUUUUUUUUUUUCCUGGACUCAGCCAAAGCUGUUAGUAGCCCUGCUUGAAUGAUCCACCCGGAACUUUUGGUCGUCCAAACCCCAAACCCCACCACAGGGUUUUACAACCUGUUGGCUCCUUCUGUCCUCCUCAGACUUCGUUUUUUUUUCUCUCCAAAGCAACCUCUUCCCUGACCAAACUUUCGUGCACAAAAAAACCUCCUCCUCAGUGACUUGAGAAAGACACAGCACAGCAGAGCAGAGCAGACGGGUGGGAUGUUGUGCUCAGUGCUAAGUAGUAAGAGGUAUUGCAUCAUGGACCAGUGAUAUGAUUACAGCAAAGAAUGUGAAGCGCACACUUCUACUCCAGGAGAGGAGAGGAGAGGAGAGGAGAGGAGAGGAGAGGAGAGGAGAGGAGGGCUAUCAAAGGGUUAACGGGCCUGGGUGAUUUCUCUCAGUGCUUCCGUGUUUCCUGUAGUCAGACCACAGCUCAGGGUUUUUAGGUUUAGAGACGAUCACAUGUGGAGGAGCGAGGUACUGAGCUUUUUUUGGGGAAAAAAAAGAAAAGAAAUAAGAUUGAAAAAAAGCUAUACUGAUUAAACACAUGCGUACGGUACAAAGCACUGAAGGAAGAAUGUAUGUAUGUACGUACUGCAUGUACAGUACGUAGUAGGCAGGCAGGGAGAUAUUACCAUGGACACUUGCUGGUGCUAAGACUUUCAUUUGGACCUUAAGUUUUACCGCCACACCCUCCUACUGCUGUUCUAGAGCGUUCAUUUGAAUUGCAGCUACUGAAACUCACACACUGGUACUGGUCUUGAUACUGGACUCAGACUCGGACCGAACUGGGGUGGGCCUGGGCUGGGCUGGGCUGGAAGGGAUGUUUUUUGUUUUCAUUGCACUUCAGACUAAAACGGUUCAUGUGUGCUUGUGGCAAGCCUUUCUUUCUUUUUCCUGCGAGAACAAUAGAGCUUGUGUUGCUGUGCCGACUGGCUUGUCAUAAUUGGAUUUUGUGAAUUAGUGUUCUAAGGGGUGGGGGGAGGGGGGAGGGGUGUCAAAAACUGCUGAGUAUCAAAGUUGAAAGCGUGAAGCGGAAUUCCAAACCGUUAAGAGGGAAGAGAAGUGUAGUAUAGGUAGUGAGUGUGUUCAGGGUCUUUCAGGGCGACGGCCUCCCUUAGCCCGGUGCAGCUUUCACUUCAGUACUUUUUGUUUUCUUUUGCCCUGCUAGUAUUGAGUACUUUUCAGUGUGAGAUGGAAGUUUAGCACUGUCUUCUUCAAAUAGUUGCAUUGAAUGUGUGUAGCUGUAAAUCUUUUUUUGUUUCUCUCUCUCUCUCUGGGCAAAUGUGAACUUUGUAAUAAAUCUCGAUUUUGUA